GAGCUUCCGACGCGAUGACCCUGAACGGUGGCGGCAGCGGAGCGGGCGGGAGCCGCGGCGGGGGCCGGGAGCGCGAGCGCCGUCGGGGCAGCACACCCUGGGGCCCGGCGCCCCCGCUGCACCGCCGGAGCAUGCCGGUGGACGAGCGCGACCUGCAGGCGGCGCUGGCUCCGGGCGCCCUGGCAGCGGCCGCGGCUGGGACCGGGACCCAGGAUGCGAGGUCGGACUGGCCCCAGAGCUCCUCGGACUCGCUCAGCUCAGCGGGUAGCGACUCAGAUGAGAGCGUUUACAAGGUGCUGCUGCUGGGUGCGCCUGGCGUGGGCAAGAGCGCUCUAGCGCGCAUCUUCGCUGGUGUAGAGGACGGGCCUGAAGUAGAAGCCACAGGGCACACGUAUGAUCGCUCCAUCAUGGUGGACGGAGAAGAGGCAUCGCUCAUGGUCUAUGACAUUUGGGAGCAGGACGGGAGCCGCUGGCUGCCUGGUCACUGCAUGGCCAUGGGGGAUGCAUACGUCAUCGUGUACUCAGUGACAGACAAGGGCAGCUUUGAGAAGGCCUCAGAGCUGCGGGUCCAGCUGCGGCGUGCACGGCAGACAGACGAUGUGCCCAUCAUUCUCGUGGGCAACAAGAGUGACCUGGUGCGUUCACGUGAGGUCUCCGUGGAUGAGGGCCGGGCCUGCGCAGUGGUCUUUGACUGCAAGUUCAUUGAGACGUCGGCGGCGCUGCAUCAUAACGUCCAAGCUCUGUUUGAGGGUGUUGUGCGCCAGAUACGCCUGCGAAGGGACAGCAAAGAGGCCAAUGCGAGACGGCAAGCGGGUACCCGACGGCGAGAGAGCCUUGGCAAGAAAGCAAAGCGUUUCCUGGGCCGCAUUGUAGCACGCAACAGCCGCAAGAUGGCCUUUCGAGCCAAGUCCAAGUCCUGCCACGACCUUUCAGUUCUCUAGGCCCCGUGGGCUCUCACUGUGGAGGGCGGACGGAUGGGCGGGUUGGUGGGCUGGCCCAGCCAACUGCCCUGAGUGCUUUGGGGCUGGUUCAGACUCUGGGCCCCUCAGAGCUGCCAGCCAGGCGUCCCUCACUUCAUGGUCAUGGACAGACAGUGCUGCCUGGGGAGGUGGCUCCCAGUGGCCAGUGAGGGCUGGGUCUGCAGAGAUGUGUUUGCAGGUCCAUGUGUGUCCCCAGCGGCAGCCUGAGCCCAGCCGGUGGGUGGCCUGUGUGUGGGGAGAGGACUUUGCCUUUCUCCACGCCUGGGGUGCGCAUGCCCUGGAGGGAGGCUGUUCGGUGUCCUGGGUAUUUGUUUACAAACAGAUUUUUGUAAUAAAGACUAUUUCCUGAUA